AUGUCUUCUGCCAGGAACAGCAACGACAGUUCAUGGGGCAGAAGGAGAAGCAUCUUCGCUCUGACUGCCCUCAAGCCAAGCUCCUCGUCCUCGGACCAUCAUGGCGACGGCAGCAAUGGUCCAGCCAAACCGCCCAAGACGCUGACCAAGAGACACAAGCACAUCCGAACGCCGAGUCUACAUACCAAUCUCGACCACCUGGACGCAGCAAGAGGAGACCAUACCAAGUCGAGACCGCUGUCUGACCAGCCGCCGAAGCCUCAUGCGCGACGACCAUCGCUUACCAUGAGAGCGGCGAAGCGGCCGCCCUCAGUCUUCGAAUCGCUCAAGAACACCGUGCGGGGCAGCAGUGAGGAGCUCAGCAGUAGACACACCAACGGUGAGCCUCUGUCGACCACAUCCUCAAAGGCACCCUCGCUGAGCUUCGAGCACGCUGUCAUGGAUGGACUUCCGCCCUCGAAAAACGUGCUUUAUCAUGGCGAAGUCCAGACCAGUGCGGGAAUGUUUCGCAAGAAGAAGGAGUAUUUGGUGUUGAGCGACAACUACAUCCUUCGGUACAAGUCGCAAGCGAAAGCUGCCGAGACUUUCAAGGCAAUCCCUCACGCAGCUGGCCGAAGUCCAACUGUUCGGCAUGGCUCUAUGCCCUCUGUUGGCUCUCAAAGCGAUCUUCAGACGCUUUCCGAUUCAUCUGGCGACAAGGACGGUAGAGUGCCCAUUCGGCAAGUGGUAGCCACCCACAAGCUGGAUGACGGAAAGCCAUACUUUGCGCUAGAGAUAUGCUAUCUGGAUGAGGAGUCUGGCCAGGCCUCGUCGCUUACGCUGCAGUUCAACAAUCCGGAAGAGAGGGAUGUUUGGUUGUACAAGAUGCGGUAUGCUGUGUCUGAGGCUCGACUCCGAGAGACUACAUACAUCUCGACAUACAAUCUUGAGAAUGCCGCUCGCAUCGUGGAAAGAGACAACGACUACGAUCCUGCUAACUGCGCCAUCUUCAAGGUUGUGCAGCGACAACCAGCGGUGAAGUCGGGAAGCAGGUCAUCAUCCGACGAUCUGACGAAAGUAGCUUCUACCGUCUGCUUCCUUGCUAUUGGUGUACAUAAGGUACAUUUGAUCCAGCUGAUCAAGCCCGUCGCACGGAGCUCGAGUCCAUCGCUGACUACUAACCAUUCGCAAUUCUGCUAUGGGAUCCUGACGCUCUCGGCCAUCAAGGUCAGCCAGAUUGAUGAUACAUUCGACUUGACCUUCCGACAGCCAUUGCAAAAGGCACGAACGUUACACCUCGCAUCCGCCUCAUCACACGAAAUCGCCGCCCGACUAUGCUUCUCAGAGAACUACCUGCGACCCGAGUGCGGCCAUCGACUCUUCCGUUUCUCGGCACCACCUGAGGUGGAGAAGCUCAUCGCCCCACCCGUUGCCAGCGAUGUUGAGGAGCAUUGCUGCUUGGACCGAGCGUUGAUAGCAUACUGUGUCGCGUACGGUGUAAACCCUGCAAACGUGCGCUAUACUCUCGGUUACAACUGCGAGGAUGCUCCUCGAUUUGUGCUGCUUCCUCCGGCGGAUACACGUCGUCCGAACUAUGGACCUCUGGAACUGUUGGCUAUCAUGCGAGCGCUGCGAUAUAACGAAAGCUUUGGCAGCUUGUCUUUUGCCAAUGUCCCGCUGGACGGUCUGAAUGGACUUCAUGACAACUAUGGGCAGGAGCUGGUCUGCGCGCGCACCAAGCGCGGCACACCGAUUCGAUUAACUGCCGAAGAGCUGAGUCGAUCUUCGCUGUUGGUACAGGAAGUGCGAGCUUUGGCCGCAACGAGCAAGCGACUGCGGCGGCUGGACUUUUCUGGAUGCAUAACGUUGAAGCAUGCAGCUCCAGAUCCAACUGAGGACGAGCCGAGCCGGACGAAGGACAUUGGUUGCGGCAUAGUCGAAGCGCUGUUCCCACUUUGCAAGCAUCAAACGACGAAUGUAGACUGGGUGUGCCUUAAUGGUAUUAAGCUUAGCGACACAGAUCUGGACUAUUUGGUGGGUGCGGCUGUGGACAAGUCUUGUCACUUCCGCGCGAUUGAGCUCAAUCGAUGUGGGCUGAACGAUAGAAGUUUGGGCCUAAUUCUUGAUGCGUUACGAGCACAGGAGAACACUUUGGAAUCGCUGGAGAUUGCAGGUAAUGGUGCACGGCUGAAUCCAGGCGCGUUUGACAGCCAGUUGGGCAUGUUUGGCUUCAUCCGAAAGUUAAACUUGUCGAACGUGUCGAUAACCUCCGGGGUCGAGCCUUUCAUCACGGCGGAGACGCUACUGAUCUGGCGUCUGCAAGAGUUGCGCUUGAGUGGCACGUCCUUGAAUGCGGCCACAAUCGAUGCGAUCGCGACGUACCUUGCCCAUCCACAGUCGGACAGUUUGCACGAGCUGUAUGUCGAUAACACCUAUCUUUCAGGAAACGAUAUCGCGACUUUACUGCAUAGUCUUGCGUACGAGCAUGGCGCGGCGCGUAAUAUGCAUUUGGACAUCAGUCAAUGUCUUCUCACAAAGGGGCUGGAGAAAGUGACACAAGCUAUCUCAAGUGGCAAGACGCCGACACAUCUGAGCAUGAGGGCUAUCGAGUACCGCGACGAGCAUCAUUUCAGGAAGAUCAUUUCUGCGGUGACUGGCAAUAAGACAAUCCAAUUCCUCGAUAUGUCGCAGACUGCCUUGCCUGGUGAUGCUAGCGAGGACACAUGUAGUGCUCUGAGCAAGCUCCUUGCCGAAAACACAUCCCUUGUGGAGCUGGAUCUAUCAGGUGAUGAAUCAAGGUUGGCCACCUCGAAGUUUGGCUCUGGUAUCAAUGAUGCACUAGCUGGCUUGAAGGAAAACAAGACGAUGCAAGUGUUCCGGAUUGAGAAGCAGAAGCUUGGGUUUCAAGGUGCUAGUACGCUGGCGGAAGUCCUUCGCGCUAACCGCACGCUACUAGAGGUCCAUUGCGACAACAACGAGAUACCGCUGCAUGGCUUGACAGAUCUCGUCAAUGCACUGAUCGACAACACAACGUUGCUUCAUCUGCCAACCAUGAGCGAUGGACGUACGGCGGCUUUCAAAUCGGCCGAAACUACGAUGAAAUUCAUGGCGGAUCUUGAGUCGCCAACUUCGCUGGUCCAUUCGAAGCCCGGGCCUUUUGGAUCAACGUCUGCUGUCAAGCGCGGCUUCUCUCAUAUCAAGAAGACAACGCAGCGUGCAACCUCUUCUGUGCACGCACCCUCUUUCCCAGCGCUGCCGUCAAGCAGUCGAUCGUCAUCUUCGCCAAGCCGUCGUCACAACUCGCCUCUGUCGCUGACUCUGCCAACAGGCAAGGCGAAGCAUAGUCACGGUCCGACAGGCUCGAUCGCGGCACCUCCUGCUGGCUUUACCGUGCAGGACAUUCUGACGACUCAUCGACUGCUUAGCGAGCAGUGGGACAGGCAGUGGUAUCGGCUUGAGCAGUAUCUCAACAGGAAUCUUUGCCUGCUCAACAACGUCCCUGUCGAUAUGGAGAUUGAGGACGAGAAGUUUGAGCGCCCGGGGUCCGUAGGAUCCAUCGGAAAAAUGCUCGAGCAAGUCAAAUAUGACACAACUCCAAAAGCCGACAAGGACCAGUACUUUGACUCGGCGCAAGAUACCGCGGACUUACCACUGCAUCAGACCAAGUCCACUGAUAGCACCAAGCACGCAAUGAGUUUCAAGCAAUUCGUUUUAGAAAGCGGCCCUCAGACGCCAAGCUCACCCGAAGACUGGGACCUCGAGGGAAGAGCAAAACAGUUUCGCCUUGACACUAACAUGGACAAUUUUGAGGAGCCGCGCACUCCCACGCAGCAAGCUUUUUCUGCGCAAGCCGCACUGACUACUUCUAUUCAAUGA